GUGAAGGUCGAGUUUAUAGGAGUAGUAAAGUUAUCUUUGGAGUCUGGUUUUUCUCUUGUUUUGGAGAACACAUUUUUUGUACCGUCAAUGAGACGGAAUUUGAUUUCUAUAUCAAAACUUGAUGAAUCUGGUUAUUUUAUUGGGUACCCAGAUAGAUCAAAAGGAUAUAAGUUCUAUUGUCCUAAUCGUGGCACCAGAAUUGUUGAGUCCAUUACUGUAAAAUUUUUGGAAAAUGAUGUUGGUGUCAGUGGGAGUUCUGUAUUGAAGGAGUUAUUUGCUGAUCCUAAUCCAGUUGUUGUUCCAGUUCCCGUUGUACAGGAAAGAGCUGUUUCUCUGCCAAUUGAGAUUGUUAGUGAAGAACCUGAACAACAAGAAGAAAUUCCAACAAUAGUAGAGUCAUUUUCUGAGCCACAAGUCAGAAGAUCUCAAAGAGAAAGAAGAUAAGUGGUUUAGUGCUAUGGAAGAUGAAAUGAAUUCUAUGGAAAAGAAUAGAG